CUCGCGUACGAGGGUGCUGGGUGGCAAGGCUCCAUGUACGUACGCAUUAGCGAUGUUCACGCUGAACAUCGCGACGCCAGGUAACAUGAGAACAGUCGCCAAUGCGAUGGCGCAAGCUGCCAUCAAUGUGCUCUGAUCACUCACUGCGCUCAUUUGGCCAUUGCUCUGAUCACUGCACUCCUUGCGCCAUUGUCUUGAGCACCGUCCUCGUUCUACUGGGCAUUGCCAUGUUCAGCAUUAACAUAGCUAAUGCGUACAUGGAGCCAUAGUAAGUGUGCCAGCAGCAGCGAGGGGCUCUGCUAACCACAGUCUGCCGCC